AUGUUGCUUCUUAAAAUCUUUCUUAUAAUAAAUACCAGCCUAAAACUCAUUUCCACAAAUUCAGAGAAUAUAAUCAACGAAUUAACUUUAAAGUUAAAUAUAAAAACUCACAUUUAUUAUGGUUUCAGCAAGGAGACCUUCGAGGAACUCAAUUUGAAAACAAAUCAACCCAAAUUACUGAUUUUCAACAACAUAAGUGAAGAGUUUAAGACAGAGCACGAUGACCCUGUGCUGGUAAUAAUGAAUUUAGAAGCUGAUCUCGAUUUUAAUCUGGUGCCAAUAGAGGUGCUAAAAUCCUAUUUUACAGAUAGGCAAUAUAAUGAUAUAUUGCUUAUGGAUACAGACAAAAAUGAAGAGAAAAGUUAUAUGGAAAUAAGCAAAGUUUAUUGGGAUGCUGGAUUUUCUUAUGUAUUAAUUUACGCCUCUCAAGAAGAGCAACUUUGGUCACUGAGGCCCUAUCCCUACUUGGAGAUCAAGCAAAGUAACUUGGAAGAAUAUAUAAAAUCCCGUAAUAAUCGCAAUUUAAGGGGCUAUCCCCUGAGAGUGCUGGUGACCAAUGAUCCACCCCAUUGCUUUGUGGACGAGGAAGAGCCCCCGGAGUCCAAGGAUCGAUACAAGGGCAGCAUCAUAGAAAUAUUCAAGCUGUUUGCUGAGCAACUCAAUGCCACCUUCCAGGCGGUACCCUUUCCCGGCCUCCGGAGAUACUCCACCUACGAGUGCCUCAACCUGGUGCAGGACAACGAGACGGAUGCAUGUGGGAGCAUCUUCAUCAGGACGUACAAGUAUCCCACCAGCCACCCAGUUCGCCUCAAUCGCGUGGCCAUAAUGGCUCCCUUUGGCAAUCCCAUCGACAAGUUCUACUACUUCUUCAGGCCCUUUGACUUCUAUGUUUGGAUUGCCAUUGGUUUGAUGGUGGUCUACAUGUGCCUAAUGGGUUCCUUGCUCCAUCGCUGGCUUUAUGGCAGCUGGGAUGUGGGUCAGUACCUCCUGCUGGCGGUGCAGACUCUGCUGACCAGGGAACUCUCACUGCCGCAGUGUUCUGGAGGCUCCAAGCUAAUGCUGUUGCUCCUGCUCUUUGCCAUUGGUUUUGUUUUGUCCAAUCUGUACGUGGCUUUGCUCUCCAUGAUGCUCACCACGAAGCUCUAUCAAAGACCCAUCGACAACCUGGCCGACUUAAAGGCGGCCAAUGUGAACAUAUUGCUGCAGCAGCACAAUAUUCGACCCAAUUCCAUUUAUGGAAGUUCAGAGGAGCUCAGGGAGCGAUUCCUACUAGUGGAGGAGGAGCUGCACAUGCAGCUUAGGGAUGUCCUGGACCCCAACUAUGCCUAUGUGGACUCGGAGGAUCGCAUGGAUUUUUAUCUCUACCAGCAAAAGUUCUUGCGUAGGCGACGCAUGAAGAAGCUAGCCAAUCCGGUGGGCUACACCUGGGCUGUCCAGGUGAUACGACAGAACUGGGUGCUGGAACGGCUGUACAAUGACCACAUCCAGCAACUCUUUGAGAGCGGAUUGCAAGACAAACUGGUGGAGGAUGUUCAUGAGUUGGCCGUAAAGGCAGGCUUCCUGCACUUUUUCCCCACACAAAGCCAAACCAUCGAACCUUUGAGGCUUGAGGAUAUUGUGAUGGCAGCCAUGGUCUUGGGCGGUGGCCACGCCCUCGCCGGGAUCUGUUUCCUGGGUGAGCUCACAUACUCAUUCCAAUCGCAAUCGUUGUUGCUUGAAUCACGGGAAUGGCAAUAG